AUGGCCAAGUUUCAGACCUCGGAGCAGGAGAUGAAUGAACAACUCCAGUAUCUUAAAAGAAAGGAAAAGCUGGUGGCUGAAGCGAAUGCACUUGUACAGCGAGAAGUUUACCUGGCUGAAGAGAUUGAACUUCAACAACGAGGAAGCGAUCCAGCCCUGCAUCCAGCAACACAACCGAUCAUCGACAACCACAAGAAGGAACUCAAAGAUCUUGCCCUGGGGGAGCGUGGAUCCGAGAUUAUGACAGAAGAAGGUCUGCUACCACACGGGGUACCCAUUCGCCCGCAUGUGCAGGUCGAGGCGGAUGCUGUGCAUUUGGAUGUGGCUGCUGUGACAAAAUUCGCGCCUUCGGGGCAGUUCCGAAGGAAAGACCAGCUAUGUACUUCUACUCAAACUGCACUAUUGAAUGUGCAUGCUGCCAUCGACGUGAGCUCCGUGCAUUCCGUACCCAAGAGAAAAGUUUGA